UUUCUUAUAUUUCAAUUUUCUAGCUUUGCUUAUAUUAAAUUCAUGUUUUAACGAAGUAGGUUUACUUAUUGUUGCAAAUGUGAUUGUGCUUCGUACACAUACUUAGGAGCAUUUCGUUGGGUUGGGAUAAAUUAGGUGAUUGGGUUCAACUUAGUGUAUAGCGUGUUACUAAUUGAAUUGGAUUGAAAACUUAAGGACAUGUGUAGAGCUUGCAUUGAUAAUCUCACUUCUACAAAGAACGUGAAUAAUGUUUAUUGAUGUAAUAAUGGUUCCAUGGUCACUACAUGAACCUAUACCGAACCAAUAUUCAAAACCAUACACAUACUCUAUUAUUUCUUGUCUAGGAAUUGCCUAGGAAUAUGCUUUUGUUUUCAUGGUUCUACUAUCUUAUUAUUUCUUAAAAUUAUACAAAAUGGUUGUUUUCAUGUGUUAUCAUGGAUAAGGAAUAUGGGCAGCUUUAGAACCUUAGAACCGUGAGUGCACCAUAAGGUUAGCUUAAUACAACAUUACCUUUUCUUUAUUGCAAAACCAAAUGAACAAUAUACUAAUUUUGUUUCAUAGUCCAACCCACUUCACAGAUAGAAUAAAUUGUAGAAAGACCGUGCGAUAUCUUGGUUCACAAUAUGCUUUCAAAGAUUUAACAAAUAAGGCAUUGUCCAUUUAUUCAAUAAUGAACCGGAAAGGAAAUUCUUUAGUAUGUACUAUGAACUUCUUUUUCCCGUGAGUGUCUCUAGGAGACAAAAUUAUUACAGCUUUCCCUGUCAAACCAAAUGAGUAGCCUAUUAAAUUUUCCUUCAUGGACUAGUAUACUUGGGAGGGUCAUGCUAUCUGGUUCCUUUCAUUAUGAUUUCAAAUUAUUAAAUUGCAAGGAUUUCUCAUUGAAUUCUUUCUCUCAUGCUAGCUAGGGUGAAAAGCUGUGAGUGAGUUCUGACUUUAGCUUAGUGCAGAGUUUACUGCCAUAUUUUGUUACUGUCUUUCUUCUAAAGUUUUUUUUUUCUAAUUUUUUUCCAUUCUUUCUUCAGUUGCUUCAAAAGAGCAAAAACGUUGAUGUUGAGGAUUAUGAUCGAGUGAAGAAACUUGCUAUAGAAAUUCAAGUUGUUUUAUUAGCAUAAAUUGCUCAUUUAAAUGAGUAUUGAGGCCUCUUUCAACCUUGCAGUUGUAUAACACAAUUGAUUUUUUUAUAAAUGUUUCAUGCCUUAUACAUGAACUUUGGCUGCUUCAAAUGUAGAUGUCCUAGUUGAAGUUAGAAGAUAUGAAGAUGCUAGUGGUGGUGUUGCUCAAGCUAUGGAUGAUUUGGAGGUUCCUCCAAUUGAUGAUAAAUAAUGAAGGUCAUGGAGGAGAUGAUGACUUUAAUGAAUAUGAAGAUCAUGUGGAGGAAGAUGACUAUCCUGUAUUUAAUAUGAAUUAUUUUAUUGGAUAGUUUGUUUCAAACAUUUGUGAAUCUAUAAGUUGUUUUUCAAAUAAGAAGUCUAUCAGAGAACCAGGAUUCUGUUUCACGUCUAUUAAAAGAUCUUGCAAGCCACCGAUUGCAGCUUAUGGAGAGAGAAAAGAGAAUUCAUGACAUUCUGCAUGAUGAGGUCACUGGGAUAUUCUCUAUAUUUGAUGUUUGGUGAUAUAUUUUCUCUAUUAGCAUUAAUUGUGUUACGAUUUAACAAGGCUAACCUAAAACUUGAUUUGGAGAAGAAUAAGAAACUGCUGGCUGAGUAUAAGAAGAGGAUUGAUGUUUUGUUAAGGGAAAAGGAAGAUGCAGGUAAAGAGAACCAACAACUAUCUAGGCAAUUAGAUGAGAUUACACAAGGGAAAAGUUCAACACCUGAUACAACUAGUGAACAAGUGAUGAAGGAAGAAAAGGACACAAGAAUACAGAGAGACUUAGAGAUAAAUUAAAGGAGAAAGAAGAAAGUCGCCUUGAGAGAGGUACAUGACUGAAAGAGUGAAAAGGCCAUAAAGGACUUUUACAACAAUGUUGAACAUGUUCUUCCCUUCACUCAGCCCCCAAUUGUCUUUUUGUUUGCAUUAAUAUCUUGUAAAGUAAUGUCUUGUCAUGAUAUGUACUGGACGACUCAAUGAUUAUAUUUUGAAAUAUUAUUGUA